CGCCUGGCGCGGGGCGGGCGGCGGGGAGAGGCGCAGCGCCAAGAUGGCGGCGGCGGCAGCGGCGGGCCCGGCGUGAGGCGUCCGCGGCCCUCCCGGCCCGGGGAGCCGGGGGCAGGCGGGCGGCAUGUGCGAGACCUACUCGCGGUGGCUGCUCCGGGUGUCGGUGGCGCAGAUCUGCCAGGCCUUGGGGUGGGAUUCGGUGCAGGUCUCGGCCUGCGACCUCCUCACCGACGUGCUGCAGCGGUACCUGCAGGGGCUGGGCCGGGGCUGCCACCGCUACUGCGAGCUGUAUGGCCGCACAGAUCCAAUUUUGGAUGAUGUAGGAGAUGCCUUCAAGCUUAUGGGGGUUAACCUGCAUGAGCUAGAAGAUUACAUACACAAUAUUGAACCGGUGACUUUCGCACACCAAAUCCCUUCGUUUCCCGUCAGCAAGAACAAUGUCCUGCAGUUUCCCCAGCCUGGGAGUAAAGAUGCGGAAGAAAGAAAAGAAUACAUCCCAGACUAUAUGCCACCUAUUGUCUCCUCUCAAGAAGAAGAGGAAGAGGAACAGGUGCCUACUGAUGGAGGGACAUCUGCAGAGGCCAUGCAGGUGCCACUGGAAGAAGAGGGAGAUAUGGAAGAGGAUGAGGCAAUUAAUGAUGAAAACUACUUGAGCAAGAGACCAUUAGAAAGUCCUGAAGCCGAAGAAUUCCCACCUGUGAAACGGCCCAAACUAUCUGUUUCUAAAGGGGAUGCUCUGGAUGGAGCUUUGGAACCACGUGAGCCUCUUAGCUCAAUAAAUACCCAAAAAGUACCACCAAUGCUUUCUCCAGUUCAUGUUCAGGACAGUACAGACUUAGCCCCUCCUUCACCAGAACCACCAAUGUUGGCUCCUAUUGCAAAAUCACAAGUGCCAACUCCCAAAACAAUAGAGGCAAAGCCAUUUGCACCCAAAACAAAAUCCAAAACAAGUUCUCCAGGGCAAAAGACAAAGUCACCUAAAACUACGCCCUCACCAGUGGUUGCUGGAAGUCCCAUACGUUCACCAAAAACUGGAUCCAAAGAGAAAAAGUCACCAGGUCGCGCCAAGAGCCCAAAAAGCCCUAAAAGUCCAAAAGCUCCUGCUCAUGUUCCCCCACCACCUGUUAAGCCUGAGACACCAAGCAGAACCCCUCUGGCUGCAUUAAGUGACAAGAUAGGAAAGGAAAACAUUCAAGUAAAACAAGUGCAGACAACACCUGAGCCUGUCACCAAGCCAAAUAUUGAAAACCAGGCUAAGAAAUUACCAGUAAUGGACAAGACUAUUGAUGAUUCAAUAGAUGCUGUGAUUGCUCGUGCGUGUGCGGAACGAGAACCUGAUCCCUUUGAGUUUUCCUCUGGUUCUGAGUCCGAAGGGGAAAUUUUUACCAGCCCCAAAAGACUUUCUGUUUCAGAGACUACAACUCCUAAACCUUCUGUUUCUGCCAAUAAUACCAGUAAGGCAGGAGCAACCCCAGUACCUCCUUCAGGUGGGACUUCAAGCUCAGACAUUUCAUGGACAAUGGAUGACUCGAUUGACGAGGUCAUUCGAAAGGCAAACAUGGGGACACCUUCUAAUCCACCUACCAACUUCACUUACUUCUCCUCUCCUUCUGCUUCACCGCCAACUCCAGAGCCUCUUCUCAAAGUCUACGAGGAGAAAACCAAGUUGGCUUCAUCAGUAGAAGUGAAAAAGAAACUGAAAAAAGAGCUGAAGACAAAAAUGAAGAAGAAAGAAAAGCAAAAGGAAAAAGAUAAAGAGAAAAACAAGGAGAAAAAUAAGGAGAAGGAAAAGAACAAGGAGAAAGAUAAAGACAAGGAAGUAAACAAGGAAGCGAAAUUUCAGUGGAAGGAACUACUCAAAGAUGAUGAUCUUGAUCCCUAUAAAUUCAAACUAAAGGACUUUGAGGACACUGACACAAAAGUAAAGUUGAAAGAUGGCAAUACCAAAAAAGAAAGAGAAAAGCAUAAGGAUAAAAAGAAAGAGAAGGAGAAAGGCAAAAAAGACAAGGAUAAGAAAGACAAAGAGAAACUUAAAGAUAAGGGUAAGGAAGAUAAGAUAAAGGUUCCAUCAGCACCUCUUGUGUUACCUCCCAAAGAAAUGUCUUUGCCCUUGUUCAGCACACCAACUGCCAUGAGGCUUCCCAGCAUGUUACCUUCCUUGUCUCCAAUGCUUCCUGAAAAACUGUUUGAAGACAAAGAGAAACCAAAAGAAAAGAAAAAGGACAAGAAAGAGAAGAAGAAAAAGAAAGAAAGGGAAAAAGACAAAGAAAAGGAAAAGAAGGAAAAGGAAAAGGAGAGGAAAGAGAGAGAAAAGAAAGAGAAAGAAAAAGAGAAACACAAACAUGAAAAGAUAAAGGUGGAACCAGUUGUUCCAGCUCCAUCACCGGUUAUUCCUCGGCUGACAUUAAGAGUGGGUGCAGGCCAAGACAAGAUAGUCAUCAGCAAAGUGGUGCCAGCCCCGGAGGCCAAACCUGCUACUCCUGCGAGCCGGCCCAAAACACCUCCACCUGUGCCAUCACCGGUGCCAGCUCCUGUCCACGUCACCCCUCCUCCAGCUCCUGCUCCUCCUCCUCCACAACCUACGGUCUCACCAGUCUUGCUUCCACCUCCGUCUCCAGCUGUCUCUGCAGCCGGAGGCUCCAAAGCGCCUGUUAGGAGCGUGGUGACCGAGACUGUCAGUACUUACGUGAUCCGAGACGAAUGGGGUAACCAGAUCUGGAUCUGUCCUGGCUGUAACAAGCCAGAUGAUGGCAGUCCAAUGAUAGGUUGUGAUGACUGCGAUGACUGGUAUCACUGGCCUUGUGUCGGGAUCACGACUGCACCCCCAGAAGAGAUCCAAUGGUUCUGCUCUAAGUGUGCCAACAAAAAGAAAGAUAAAAAACACAAGAAGAGGAAGCACAGAGCACACUGAAGACCUUGCCGUGGAUUUAAGUCAUGCGGUCGCUUCAGCACUUCGGCCCUGGCUCCGUCGCAGAGGGAUGCGGUGUGCUCGCCUCUCACCCUCCGUCACCGGGUGUUUUGGUUUUGACUCUGCAGUGAAUCAGGGGCAAGGAUCUCUUGUCCAAUGGGGGCUGUUGCAUUUUUCAGGCUGUACGAGCCUGGGGGGUUGGAUUUUGGUACAUUCUGAUGCUGUCUUUCACCUACCGAGGGAUGUUUUUUGCACAGAGCGAUAUGAAGACUUCACUAGUUAAUGGUACCGCUCCCACUCCCGUGGCUCGGCAGCAACAAAGAUGAAUGUUGUACAUACAGAUACCUGUCCUAUUCCUUCUCGAUUUCUUUUGAAUUCCUCCGGAACCUUUGCAAUAAGGUGCCGAGAGGAGAAGAAAAUGUAAAUUGCAGUAAGUUGUAAACUGAGGAGACCUUCUGGAAUGAUUUCUGUAGUCUGGAUGCAGUUCAGCCUCUACUCCCGCUGAGCCAGAUAAUCAUAAUGUGGAAAUAAAAAGUGGCUGGUAAAUAUUUUUGUGACGAGAAUAUAUGAAGCUUUUUCCCUUGAUUUUUAGUACUAACAUAAAAUAAACAUGUUCAAGCUUUUGUGAAAUAUCUUCUAUUUUUUAAAAAACAAAGUUUCUAUUGUGUCGAUUUUUUUCUUCUGUGUGAAUUUAUUUUGGUGGACCUGUAAUAUAUUUUAUACUUUGGUUUUGUUUUUUAGUCUUUGUCGAUGUACCGUUUCAUUGCCUGUACAUUUCAUGGGUGUGUAAAAACACUUGACAUUAAAAGAGUUUCACACGUGUAAA